AUGGGCUUGCGUCUCCGCCUCCUUGGCUUCACAAUCUCGCGGUUAGUCCCACCCUACCUGGACCCAGUACUCGGCUGCCAACGCUACCACACCAUCCUUCCCUGCUCGGCUCCGGAAGGAGCCCCGGAAGCCAUGGAGGUGCUGGUCCUGGCCGGAUAUCGCGCGCAAAAGGAGGACGAGCUGAGCCUGGCGCCUGGUGACGUGAUCCGGCAGGUGCGCAAGGGGCCCGCACGGGGCUGGAUGCGUGGAGAGCUGGGGGGCCGUUAUGGCCUCUUCCCGGAGUCCCUGGUGCAGGAGAUCCCGGAGACUCUCCGCUGCUCGGGGGAAACGCCGAGACCGCGCUGUGCGCGCCGCCGAGGUCGCUCAGUCAAAUUUCUGGGCCCCCGAAGAUGGUGCAAGGCAAACUUCAACUACAUCCCGGAGCAGACGGACGAGCUGCAGUUGCAAGCUGGGGAGAUUGUGGAAGUGAUAAAGGAGAUUGAGGACGGCUGGUGGCUGGGGAAGAAGAACGGGCAGCUGGGAGCCUUCCCAUCCAACUUUGUGGAGUUGCUGGACAGUGGGCCCCCAAGCCUUGGCAAUCGAGACAUCCCUUCAGUCAUCCUUGGUCCCCAGCGGCCUCAGAAGCUGAGCAGCCUGACCUAUGACAGCCCUCCAGACUACCUGCAGACAGUCUCCUACCCCGAGACCUACAGGGUCAUGUUUGACUACCAUCCUGAGGCCCCAGACGAGUUGGCGCUUCGGAAGGGUGAUGAGGUGAAAGUACUGAGGAAGGUCACAGAGGAUAAGGGCUGGUGGGAAGGAGAGUCUCAAGGCAGAAGAGGACUUUUCCCGGAUAACUUUGUGCUCCCACCACCCCCAGUCAAGAAGCUGGUCCCACGGAAAGUGGUAUCUCAGGAAUCAGCUCCUGUUAAGGAACCCAGAAAGAUGAUGCCCAAAACAGUCCUCCCUACAGUCAAGAAGCUGAUGACAGCUCCCAGUGAGCCCAGCAAAACCAAGCCAUCUCGGACACCCAGCGGAGACAGUCAGAAGCGCCCCUCCCGAAACUCCAGCUCCAACAGCAGUUUCCAGCCUGGCAGAAAGCGAUCCAAGACACAGGCUUCCCAGCAACGCCCUGCAGCCAGUCAGGAUGAAAAGCAGAGGCGCCUUACAAAGGGCCCUCGUGUGAAUAAAACCCCAAUUCUGAACAAGACCACCAGCCCAGAGAAGACACCAACUCUGGAUAGGGCCCCCAGACCAGAGAAGACGCCACCUCCAGAUAAGACCCCCAGUCCAGAGAAGACUCUGUCUCCAGAUAAGUCCCCUAACUCAGAGAAGACCCCACCUCCAGUUAAGACCCCCAGUCCAGAGAAGACCCUGUCUCCAGAUAAGUCCCCUAACCCAGAAAAGACCCCCACUCCAGAAGAAACCCUAAUUCCAGAGAAGGUCCCUACCCUCGAGGAGACCCCAACCCUGGAGGACAGCGCCCCCAGUCCAGACAGGGCCCUUUCUGGGCAUGAGGCCCAGGUCCCAGAAGUCCUACUUGAAGAUGAGGCCUUUGGUCCAAAGACGGUCCCUCCGGGGGAUGAGGCCCCCACCCUAGGAAAGGUCUUGACCCCGGAGCCUGUGCUCUCUGAAGAGGCCUCCGCUGGAGACAACAGUCAGUUCCAUCACUUCCCUCCGGAGGAAGACCCCCCGCCAAACGCCAGGCCUCUUGAGGCCAGUGAGGCUCAAUCUCAAGAGGAGGUGCGCACACCAGAGGAGCCCCCCCUCGGCGUGGUGAAACAGCCCCUGGAGAGGAAGGCCAGCUCCCCUCUCCAGCCCAAGUCCAGCGCCAAGUCAGGGUCCGCGCCUGCCCUUGAGAAGGCCCACCCCCAGGAAGGGCUGACGGCCCUCCUGGAGGAGGCACCGCCGAAGGCUGAGACUACCCUCAAAGAGCAGGAGUCUCCCAAAGAAGGGGUGCCCUCCAAAGAGGUAACCCCUGCUCAGCAGAAUGCGGGGCCCCAAACGCCCCCUACCCUGCACUCCUCGGUCCCGCCAAAUCUCACAGACCGCAGAAGAGACGGAGACGACAUGUUGAGGAUAAAGGACCAGGUGGAGGCUUUAAGGAGGUCGCUGGAGCAGAUGGGGGUGCAGCUGGAAAAGAAACUGAUGGACAUCUCGGAGGAGCUGAAGAGCGAGCGGGAGAAGCGCCUACUGCUGGAGGUUCAGAUGAAGCAGAGGACCCGGGACUUCAUCCACGCGCAGACGCAGACGCACUGA